CGACACGUGAAGAACAAGGACACAGCCAGCGCCGGCUGGACCAGGGCAGGAGCUGGGAGGGCCUGACCAGAGGCCUGGGGCAGCGGAGCCGAACCCAGAGCUCCCACAGCCGCCCCUUUCCCAGGCUGGGUCAUGCGCUGCCCUAAGUGCCUUCUCUGCCUGUCAGCACUGCUCACGCUCCUGGGCCUCAAAGUGUACAUUGAGUGGACGUCAGAGCCUCGACUGAGCAAGGCCUAUCUGGGACCGCAGGGCACCCUGCCAGGCUCCACACCAGUCAGUCCCGAGCCCACCCUGCCAGCUAACCUGUCGGCCCGUCUGGGCCAGACUGGCCCACUGCCCUCGGCUUACUGGAACCAGCAGCAGUGGCGGCUGGGGACCCUGCCCAGUGGGAACAGCACUGAGGCGGGGGACUGUGGGGCUUGGGGGGCUGCUGCCGCUGCUGAAAUCCCCGAUUUCACCUCCUACCCUGAGGACCUGCGCCGCUUCUUGCUGUCAGCAGCCUGCCGGAGCUUCCCUCGGUGGCUGCCUGGAGGUGGCAGUGGCCAAGUGCCCAGCUGUGGGGACACCAACAUCCCCUACCUGCUGUUGGCUGUCAAGUCAGAACCGGGACACUUUGCUGAACGACAGGCUGUGAGGGAGACCUGGGGUGGUCCCGCUCCCGGAAUCAGGCUGCUCUUCCUGCUGGGGUCCCCAGUGGGUGCGGGGGGCCCUGACCUAGGCCCCCUGGUGACCUGGGAGAGCCACCGCUACCGUGACCUGCUGCUUUGGGACUUCCUGGACGUCCCCUUCAACGAGACGCUCAAGGACCUGCUGCUGCUGUCCUGGCUGGGCCAGCACUGUGCCAGCGUGAGCUUCGUCCUGCAGGCCCAGGACGACGCGUUCGUGCACACUCCGGCCCUGCUGCAAUACCUGCGGGCCCUGCCACCCAGCGGAGCCCGAGGCCUCUACCUGGGUGAGGUCUUCACCCAGGCCAAACCCCUCCGGAAGCCUGGAGGACCCUUCUACGUGCCUGGGUCCUUCUUUGAAGGUGACUACCCGGCCUAUGCCAGCGGGGGUGGCUACAUCAUCGCUGGGCGCCUGGCACCCUGGCUGCUGCAGGCGGCAGCCCGUGUGGCACCAUUCCCCUUCAAUGAUGUCUACAUUGGCCUGUGCUUCCGUGCCCUGGGCCUGGCGCCCACGGCCCACAAAGGCUUCCUCACAGCUUGGCCAGCAGACCAUAAGGCUGACCCCUGUGCACUCCGUGACCUGCUGCUGGUGCGGCCCCUCAGACCCCAGGACAGUAUUCGGCUCUGGAAACACCUGCAGGACCCUCAGCUCCACUGCUGAGCCUCAGUGGGGUUGGGAGGGGAGGGCUGACCCGG